AUGGGAAGCUUCGCAGAGUACAUCACUCUGGAAGCCGACCACAUCGUCCACAAGCCGAGUAACAUCACAGUCAACGAGGCUGCCGGUGUAUCGAUUGCUGGACUUGCCAGCUACCAGGGUCUAGUUAACCGCGCCAAGGUACAGAGAGGACAACGUGUGCUCAUUCUGGGCGGUGGCAGUGCUGUUGGACAGUCUGGCAUCCAGAUCGCCAAAGCUUUCGGAGCUGAAGUCAUUACGACCGCCAGUUCUCGUAACAAGGAGCUAGUCAAGUCUCUUGGAGCCGACCAGGUGAUCGACUACACUUCGGAGAAGUGGGUCGACGUCCUCGCCGAGCAUUCCGUGGACAUUAUUUACGACUGCGCCGUGGAGUCCGAAUCUUGGUCCACCGACGCUCAGAAGAUCCUGAAGAAGAACAGUGGUCAGUUUUUGACUAUCGGUGUUGUCGAAAACCAAGCGGACUCGCCUAUCGGUGCGAAGCUUAUUCAGUAUUACUGCCACCCUAUUGCGGAGGACUUGGAAGGCCUUCGCAAACUGAUCGAGGACGGCAAGCUCAAGACUACGAUCGACUCGGUCUACCCGUUUGACAAGCUGCUGGAUGCUAUCAAGCACCAAAUGUUGGGUCGUGCACAGGGCAAGAUCAUCAUCGAGAUCGCAAAGGAGUAA